AAAUGGAAUUUCCGCCAGUGAGUACCGGUCUGACUUCCCACUUCGGCAAAAAAAUACAUUUAAAAAGCCCGGAACGUUCGAAACAUGAUUUCCACGCUCUAAAAAAGACCUGAGAAAUCGCUUUAAAGCGGACGCCCAGUGCUGACUCUCUCUCCGAGUGUCUCUGCUUCAAGCAAAUGAAUGAGGAUCGCGAUGCUUAUUACUUUUGCAGCUCUCUCUCGCCUUACAAGAUAAUGUUGUGCAUUUCAACUUUUGAAUAUCAAAAAGCAAGUCAAGGAAUGUUUGUUUUUUUCUUUAAUAAAAUAAUGACAGGUCGGUUUAUUAGGACUUUUAUUUAGAAUGUAAUAUGUGGCAUUUUGCAUACUGUCUUACUUUACUGGUGGGAUAAGAAAACAAAACGGGGUAACAAGCGUUUGGCGGACAACUGUGGGUUUCUGCGACUAAACUAACUCAUACAAUCCAAUGAGUGAUGGGGGGCAUGAUCAACCGGAUCCCCUCUGAUUGAUUACUUAUUAGUCAUCCCUUUGGCUUAAUGAGACCCAUUGAAAAGGCACAGUAGAACACCUGCAUGAAUCAAACAUUCCUGAAUCUCUCCAGAAGAGUCUUACUUUUGCUUAAACGCGGGCAAGGAAAGGGGGUCGUGGCUUAACAUUAGCCAAUAAGGGGGAUAUUACAGUAUCGCUUCAUGGGUUUAUUUAGACUGAUUCUACGGUUUGACAAGCAGCUGUAAAGAAAAAAAAACAGAAAGAGAAACUCGGGAAGAUUUUAUAGAGGAGCAUUGUGGACCUAGGAAUUUUAUUCUUAUCUAAUUUAUAUCUAUCCAUUGCUCUUUAUAUAUUUUUAUCACUCCUUCUCCUGAAAAUGAAACUUUGGACUUUUCCCUGGCUGCCUUGCCUGGUGAUACUCAUCUUAUGUUUUGGAUCAGAGUGCGGGACUGUCCGGAGAAAGGGGAGAUCCAAAAGGGACUUGGUGCGUAUCAGGGAGGCGAGAGCCACCUUCCCAGGGGCUUGUGCCACACGUCUGCCGCGGGGCAAACGCUCCUUGCCCGGCAUGGAACGACGGGUUCCUCGCCAGCGUCGGCGCUCCUCUCAGGCGGAGGAGAACUCUCCAAGUCGGGUGAAAGCUGUUUAUUUUACCGGCAGGGGAGACCAACUUCGGCUUAAACCGGGCGUGGAGAUACCGAGAGGGAAUUUUACUCUGGAGAUGUGGAUCAAACCAGAGGGAGGUCAACGAUCUCCUACGGUGAUUGCAGGUCUGUACGAUAAGUGUUUCUACGCCUCCAGCGACCGGGGUUGGCUGCUGGGCAUCCGGGCAGUCAGCGAGCAGGGCAACCGUGACCCACGCUUCUUCUUCUCCCUAAAGACGGACCGUGCCCACAAGGUCACCUCCGUCCACUCCAACGCCCGUUACCUGCCCAACACCUGGGCCCACCUGGCAGUCACCUACGACGGCCUCUAUAUGAAGCUCUACGUCAACGGCGCUCAGGUGGGCGUCAGCCGUGAACAGUCGGGCAACGUCUUCAGCCAUCUGACCAAGAAGUGCAAGGUGCUGAUGGUGGGCGGGAACGCUCUGAACCAUAACUACCGGGGGACUGUGGAGAGGGUAAGUCUGUGGAGGGAGGCCCGGGGACAGAGGCAGAUAAUCAGGGACAUGCAGGGUCACGAAAAUCCUCAAGAUGCUCCUCUGCUGGUGAUCAGGGAGACCUUUGAACACCCUGCCCGGAAGUGGCUGACGGUGAAGGAUGGGAGCUUCCCCCAGCCAGAGGAGGGUUGCAGCAGGGUGGGGCAGGCUGGAGUAGGGGUAGGAGAAGGUGGAACUGGAGGGUCUCUGGACACUACCCUGGAACCCCCGCCCUGUGGUCAAACUGUCUGCGACAACGUGGAAGUGGUGACCAACUACAACCGCACCUGGACCUUCCGGAAAUCCAAGACGGUGCGUUACCGUGUGGUCAACGUGUGGGACGACGCUCAGCGCCGGCCCACCGUCACGCCUCGUCAGAUCCACCUGCAGCACCAGCAACUCAACAACGCCUUCGCCGUCUAUAACAUCACCUGGGAGCUGAGCGUCCACAACGUCACCAACUCCUCGCUGCGCCACCGUCUGGUCCUGGCCAACUGUGACAUCAGCAAAGUGGGUGACGAGGCGUGCGACCCAGAGUGCAACCACACGCUGACGGGUUUAGACGCGGGUGACUGUAUUAGGCACCGUAGCCACUGCCCUCAGUCCAAGCAGGGCAACGGGGUGUGCGACCCCGAGUGUAAUUGGGACAACUUCUUCUACGACAACGGAGACUGCUGUAACCCCAAUGUGACGGAUGUGACCAAGACCUGCUUCAACCGCUCCUCUCCACACAGAGCCUAUUUGGAUGUAAAGGAGCUGAAAGAGAUCCUGAAUCUGGAUGGCUCCACUCACCUGAACGUCUUCUUUGCCAACUCGUCUGAUGAAGACCUGGCUGGAGUCGCUACUUGGCCGUGGGACAAAGAAGCAUUAACACAUUUGGGUGGCAUUGUUCUGAAUCCCUCCUUCUACGGCACAUUUGGUCACAACCACACCAUGAUCCAUGAGAUCGGCCACAGUCUCGGGCUGUACCACGUGUUCCGGGGGAUCUCAGAGAUUGAGUCCUGUAACGAUGCAUGUCUGGAGACUGAGCCCUCGUUGGAGACAGGAGAUCUGUGUGAAGACACUAACCCCACGCCCAAGUACAAGCACUGCAGAGACCCUGAGCCUGGCAACGACACCUGCGGGCGUCGCCACUUCACAAACACACCGUACAACAACUACAUGAGCUACGCAGAUGACGACUGUACGAACUCUUUCACCUCCAACCAAGUUGCCCGGAUGCACUGCUACCUGGACCUGAUCUACCAGACGUGGCAGCCCGAUCCCAAGCCACCCCCUGUGCCCAUGGCACCCCAAGUGGUGGAGCAAGAGCAUGCCGCCAUUACCCUGGAGUGGUUCCCGCCUAUUUCUGGCCACUUCUACGACAGAGAAGUGGGAUCAGUGUGUGAUAAAUGCACAGAGGGCCGGGUACUGAUGCAGUAUGCAUCCAACUCCUCGUCCCCUCGACCCUGCGCCCCCUCUGGACACUGGAGCCCCCGCGAGGCCGAAGGACCUCCAGACGUGGAGCAGGCAUGUGAGCCCAGCGUGCGUACCUGGAGCCCCAACGCCGGCAUCGAGCAGUGGGUUGUGGGGCUGUCUGAGUGCCCCCUGCAGGGUUGCAUGCUCCAGCUGGAGUUCCCCCACCCACUAGUACCCGACUCCCUCACCGUGUGGGUUACCUUCUUCAGCCCCGAGGAGAUGGCCCUUCCCGCCAUCCACAACAUCCUGCUCCUGACCGUCAGUGGAAACAACCUCUCGUUGGGUCCUAGUAACGUGUUCUGCGAUGCGCCGCUCACGCUGAAGCUGGACGUGGAGGAGGAGGUGUACGGCGUGCAGUUCUUCACCAUGGAGCAGCAUCUGGAGAUUGAUGCCACCCUACUGGCGUCCAAGCCCGACUGCCCGCUGUGCCGCCACUGCAAGCCACUCAUCCACCGACUGCUGCGUCAGCCGCCAUUCUCCCGUACCCCCCAUGGCGUGCUGUUGAACAACCCUGCCAGGCGAUACACUGACAGGGACGUGGUACCAGGCAGUGUGUACACCUACCAGGUCCAAACCAUCUCCGGCCGCAGUGAAAGCGAACCGUCUCCACCCCUCACCCAUCAGCUCGGGGCACCAUACUGCGGAGACGGGCGCAUCCAGAGGGCCCAGGGAGAGGAGUGUGAUGAUAUGAACUCCAUGAAUGGAGACGGCUGCUCCAGCCAGUGUGUGAAGGAGCCCUUCUUCAACUGUGUCGAGGAGCCCAGUAUGUGUUACUUCUAUGACGGUGACGGAGUGUGUGAGGACUUUGAGCGGGAGACCAGCGUGAGGGACUGUGGUCUGUACACCCCCAGUGGGUUCCUGGACCAAUGGGCCACAACCGUACUGGUGUCCCACCAGGAGAGUCUCUACUGCCCAGCCGAGGUGGCCGCCGGCUACCCUGCCGUCACUAAAACAUGCCAGUCCAAGGUAUUUGACCUUUCUGACGGAGUGUCCCAGUACGCCUGGUUCCCCUGCAGAGAGGCCCUGCAGUCCUCCAGAUACCCUCAGUACUGGCUCAAGGCCAACUUCUCCCACCCCAUGGUGGCUGCUGCUGUGAUAAUCCACCUAGCUGCAGAUGGUACGGGCUACAUCGACCAGACGCAGUGCAACAUCACUGUUAAACUGGUGGACACCAAGGAGGUCAUCCACAGCUUAGGCGAUUGGCGUCUGAGCUGCAGGACCAACCCCCUGGUAAUCCCAGUGAGCCAUGACCUGAGUGUGGCCUUCUACCACACCAAGUCCAUCCUGGUCGAGUUCCGCUCCCACCUGGUAGCCAUCUCUGGCGUGGGCCUGCGCUCCUUCCAGUUCUUUGACCCAAUCACCAUCAGCGGGUGCCAGAGCAACGAGAUCUACAACCCAAUGGGUCAGAGCUGUGUCCAUUACUCGUGUGAGGCCAUCGACUGCCAGGAUCCGCUGAUCCGCAAUGCAGAGCUCAAGUGCAGCAGUCUGGGCUUCUUCAACGGAGCUCGCUGCACCAUCACCUGUAACUCUGGCUACGUCCUGCAGGUCCACAGAGACGAUGACAUCAUCAAGACUCAGUCGGACUCAACAGUGACCAUCACCUGUGCAGAUGGAAAGUGGAAUAAGCAGGUGUCGUGUGAGCCAGUAGACUGUGGCCUACCAGACAAGUACCACGUCCACCCAGCCCACUUUAACUUCCCUGAGGGAACUACUUAUGGCAAGAGGAGUACCUUCCAGUGCAGGGAGCCUGCCCAGCUUGUAGGCUCUAACAACACCCUGACGUGUCUGGAGGAUGGUCUGUGGUCGUUCCCCGAAGCGCUGUGUGAGCUGCGCUGUCCGGCAUCGCCCCAUGUGCCCAACGCCAUGCUGCAGACCAAGCGCUGCAACGACACAGGCCUCAAAGUGGGCUCCCUCUGCAAGUACAAGUGCAAGCCGGGCUAUCACGUCACCAACAAGCCCAAAAGGCGAGCAUUUAAGCGUCAGUGCACGGAGGACGGCAGCUGGCUGGAAGGGGCGUGCGAACCGGUGACCUGUGACCCUCCGCCCGCCAUCUUCCACGGCAUGUACCAGUGCACCGACGGCUUCCGCUUCGACAGCACCUGCUGGAUCAACUGCCCCAGAGCCAACCACACGGUGAGACCGCUGCACGCCGCUCCAUGCAAGCAGGGGCCUAGCACCAAUGUGAUCCGUUGUAGGAAGGACGGCAACUGGACUGGCUCCUUCAAGCUCUGUCCUCAGAGCAAGGGACAGUGCUCUCUACCUCAAAACCUUAACCCCAGCAUACGAGUCAGCUGCAAGAAGGGACAUGGAAUAGGUGAGGAGUGUGAGCUGACGUGCAGGGACAAUAACAGCGACGUGGUGAUCCUGCUUAGCAACAUGACCGCAGACAGCAUGCGCAAGGAGCACUGGAGAAACCCACCCAAAGUCAAGAAUAUAGUGUGUACAAUGGGACUGAAGUGGUAUCCACAUCCAGAGAUGCUCCACUGCAUCAAAAGAUGUGAUCCGUUCAUCGGAGACAAUUACUGUGACUCGGUCAACAACAGAGCCUUCUGUAACUACGAUGGAGGGGACUGCUGCCACUCCACCGUCAAGACCAAGAAGGUAAUCCCGUUCCCCAUGUCCUGUGACAUACGGGAAGACUGUGCCUGCCGAGACCCCAAAGCUGCAGAGAACAGGAAAGAAGAGCACGUCCACUCCCUGGGGUGACAC